AUGGUGGAUACAGCCCACAACCCGAUGUCUUUGCUGGAGUUCGCAUUGGAGGGCCCAGGUGCUCAGCUCUCACCGCGGCGGACGCUCGAACGCAUCCAGGACGCGCUCAGCGUCUGCAAGGGCGGCGACACGGCGCAGUGCAGUGUGCAAGGUGCUUCGUAUGACCUCUUCCAGCACCAAGGCUACGAUCAGUACGAGUACGUCGUCCUGAACGUGACCAUGGAUCUCCAUGGCCAAGAAUUUCUUGCAGCCAACCGGAGCCUUUGGCAGACGUGCCCACAUCGCAGCUUCAUCCAUGCCUCGCCACCAAACCUCACACUGGCGGUGGACAUCGUCCGGCUGCUGAAGAACUCGCACGAAGCGCGGGGCUGCACUUCUCAGUUCCAGCUCUCUGCCUCGAAUCGCGAAGUGCUGGAGCUCGCGAACAAGGAUGUCUUGCCAGUGGCCUGCAUGGACAUUGGAAAUCUGCUCGCGGAUGACUCUGCGAGGUGGUUCGAGAAUGCUCACGUAACGCCGCCGACGUACCACAAGGAUUCGCAGUUCUGCCAGAUUAAGCAGCAGGCACUGAUGCCGGAGCACUGGAAAGUGAUGCACGCUCUCACUGGGAACUGCCGUUCCCGGGACGGGGAGAGCUCCGAGGAAAGCUCCGAGUCCGAGACCUUGGAAGGAACGAAGCCGAAGGCGAGCGCUCGCUCCCAGUGGGGAGCAGGGCGACUGAACGCCCGCGACCGAGACGACCGAGCCGAGAGUGUUUGGAGCAUGAAGUCCACGAAGUCGAGCAUGGGCGGCAGCGGCAGCAUGGGCGGCAUGGGCAUGCUCUCCCGAGGGGCUCACUUGACUUUGGACGCAAAGGUGUCGGAGAGGUUCGAGGAGGCUGAGGCAGACCCUGGCCGGAGCUUCUUCGUUCAAAGCCCCCAGGCGCCGAUGCGAUCUGCAUCGCCAGCUCUGGACUUGUCUGGAGUGACUGGAGUGGACUUCUCCGAGCGCGGCUCCAGCCUGCCGGCCCUGCCAGCGCCGAAGAAGCGGCUCUUCGGGGAUGAGGCUUUCGGCGAGGCGAAAGCCCAGCUUUCGGCCCCUUCUGGCGAGGAAGAGAGCUUUGCUGGUGUAAACGCAGCACCUGCCGGUGGUCUGGGAGGCUUGUUCGGGCUUCCCUUGGAGACCAGCCAGCUGCAGCUCAGCGCGCUCAGCUCCGAGCCAGUGGUUCUCCCGCAGGCCCGGGGCCUCAACGACUACGAGGGCAGCGACAGCAGAGAGACGGAGACGGAGACGCUCGAGAAGAGAGGAGCAGGAGGAGCGCUUAAGAGCUCGGCGGGCUCUUCUCCGUCUCGAAGCGGGGGCAAGGGCAGCAAGAGCAAGGGCAGCGGCAGCCGGACGGGGGGCAAAAAGAAGGGAACUUGGAAGCAGAGCGGCGGCGGAGGCGGCCAUGCCCAGGCCAAUCCCAAACCUUUCGCAGACGGCGCCUCCGGCUCCGCUCAGGCCGAGGCGGAGGCUCUCCAGGCUUUUCCCAAGGUGGUGCUCCCAAGGCCCAUCCCCAAGGCCGAGGCUUCCAGCGCCGCUUCGAAAGACGCGGGCGCCUCGUCUCCGAGCUUGCUGGAUCACUUGGAGGGUCUUCCAACGAAGAAGCCCGGAGUCCCGGGGAUGGCGGGAGUCUUCAGCGACGACCACGCGCGCCCGAUCCUGCGAGCGCCUGCGCCUGCAAGGGGCAGCUGA